AUGCCAGGUACAAAUUGUUGUGUAUCAAAUUGUAAAAAUUCAAGUAAGAAUAAAAAUAGUGGUUAUUCGUUUCACAGAUUCCCUAAACGCAGUUAUCUGGUAGAACAACGUCACAAAUGGAUUGUUGCAGUACAAAAGAUAAAUGGGUCUUCAUGGAUGCCCAAAAAGAAUGAUGUAAUUUGCAGCCAUCAUUUCUUAGGGCAAAAAAAGAGUAAUGAAUGUGCCAGCCCAAGUUAUGUGCCAAUGAUAUUUGAUUCAUCUCAAUUUAAAUCCAAAGAAUUUAGUACAGUGAAAGCAACACAAGCAAUUAACAGAUAUUCUCGUUACAAAAAACGUGUGAUGGCUUCAAGGUUUAAUAAGACUGCAAAUAAAAAAACACAAAUGGUUACAGUUACAGAGAGUGAUAUCAAUAGCCAACACAUGUUAACAUGUGGGACAGAGGAAGUAGUUUAUUUAAAUGAAUAUGUUAAGAUAGAAGAUGAUGUUAAAAUAGAAAAUAAUAUAUUCAAAAAUGAAGUUACUGAACGAUUGUAUUUUAAUAUGGAGGAUGUUAAGGUUGAAAUAAAGAGUGAAGUGGAGGAAUAUAAUCUAGAGGUAAACCAUAUAGAUCAAAUUUAA